UCUUCUUGAAUCUUGAUUGGCUCAAGAAAAGCUUAGACGGCUGAUAAACACAUUCAUUAUCGAAAUUUCCCAUUCCUGAAUCAUUGAAUCUUUGAGUAGUUGGAUGUCUACAAUGGCGGAAACUACUUCCGACAAAUUGUCAUCGGCGUUCAUGGCAGAGUUUCUGAGAAAUGCCGGUGGCACCGCCAUUAUUGAUGGUGGUUUGGCCACGGAGCUGGAACGGCAAGGCGCCGACCUCAACGAUCCUCUUUGGAGCGCUACAUGUCUCCUCACUUCCCCUCACCUGAUUCACAAAGUACACAUGGAUUACCUUGAAGCAGGGGCAGAUAUUAUUAUCACGGCAUCUUAUCAAGCCACCAUCCAGGGAUUUGAGUCCAAAGGACUUUCAACAGAUGAAAGUGAAUCAUUGUUAAGAAAGAGUGUGGAGAUCGCCUGUUCAGCACGGGAUAAUUAUAUUGAUAGGUGUAAUACAAGCAUUCCUGAUGAGACUCCAGAUGGUAAAAUUUUCAAAAAACGUCAGAUACUUGUAGCAGCUUCAGUGGGGAGCUAUGGAGCAUAUUUGGCUGAUGGGUCUGAGUACAGUGGUAAUUAUGGUGACAGUAUUACACUUGAGGCUCUGAAAGAAUUCCAUAGGAGAAGGGUAAAAGUGCUUGCAGAGUCAGGGCCUGACCUGAUUGCAUUUGAAACCAUUCCCAAUAAACUUGAAGCUAAGGCAUAUGCAGAACUCUUGGAGGAAGAAAAUAUAAGUGUUCCUGCAUGGUUUGCUUUCAACUCGAAGGAUGGUAUCCAUGUAGUUAGUGGUGAUUCUUACUCUGAAUGUGUGUCGAUUGCAGAAUCGUGCAGAAAUAUUGUGGCAGUGGGAAUCAACUGUACACCGCCUAGGUUUAUUCAUGGUCUAAUAUCUUCCAUUAAGAAGGUCUCUACAAAGCCUAUUGUGAUAUAUCCAAAUAGCGGUGAAAGUUAUGAUGCUGAUCUAAAGGAAUGGGUGCAAAAUACUGGGGUCUCUGAUGAUGAUUUUGUAUCAUAUGUAAACAAAUGGUGUGAGAUCGGGGCGUCGUUGGUCGGAGGUUGCUGCCGAACCACUCCAGAUACAAUCAGAGCUAUUUACAGGACCCUUUCAAAGAGAUAAGAAAACCAUUCUCUGAAGUAACAUCUCAAGGUAAGCUGAUUCUCUGAGGAUGUGUCUUGGACUCGUAAUGGCUUCGCUGAUGAAUGCAAGGAUUGUAUUUUCUGGAAGCACAUUACUUACUACCGUUCUUAAUUUUGACUCUUUUAACUUGUAUUAAUUUUUACCAUACAUCAACUUGCACCUCAAAUUUAAAUAAUAUUACGAUCUUACUCCUCUUAA